AUGGGCAUGGCGGGUCGCAUGGCCAUGGCGAGGAUGAUGGCGCGGUGCCGUGGCUUGCUCGUGGUUAUGGAGUUCAUGGCGCACGUGCGUGUGUCAGCCAGCAGCAUCACCGGCCGCGAUGGAGAACCUGCUGUCCGUCGCAUCCCACGAGACGCUCCCGGACAGCUUCGCGUCUUCCCGGCCGAGCAGCGCCCGCCGCCGUCGUCCGCCGCCGUCGCGCUCCCCGUCAUCGACCUCUCCGCCCCCCGCGACGAGGUCCGGCGAGCCGUUCUUGAAGCUGGCAAGGAGCUAGGCUUCUUCCAGGUGGUGAACCACGGCGUGCCGGAGCAGGCGGUGCGGGACAUGGAGGCGUGCUGCGAGGAGUUCUUCCGCCUUCCCGCGGAGGACAAGGCGGCCUUCUACUCCGAGGACACGGACAAGCCCAACCGCCUCUUCACCAGCACCACCAACGGCACCGGCGGCGAGCGCUGCUGGCGUGACUGCCUCCGCCUCUCCUGCGGCUUCCCCGUCGCCGCCGACGCCAAGAACGCCUGGCCAGACAACCCCGACGGCCUCAGGGAGGCGAUGGAGAGGUUCAUCGCGCCGACGCGGGCGCUGGGCAUGGAGCUGCUGCGGCUGCUGUGCGAGGGCGUAGGGCUCCGCCCGGACUACUUCGAGGGGGACCUCAGCGCCGGCGACGUGGUCGUGAACGUCAACCACUACCCGCCGUGCCCGGACCCGGUGCGCACGCUGGGCCUGCCGCCGCACUGCGACCGCAACCUCAUCACGCUCCUCCUCCAGGGGAGCGUCGCCGGCCUCCAGGUCUCCUACCGCGGCGAGUGGAUCCGCGUCCAGCCCGUGCCCGGCGCCUUCGUCGUCAACUUCGGCCACCAGCUCGAGAUCGCGACGAACGGGCUGCUGAAGAGCGUGGAGCACCGCGCGGCGGCCAACGCGGCGGUGCCGCGCACGUCGGUGGCGACGUUCAUCAUGCCCACCGACGACUGCCUCGUCGCCCCCGCCGCGGAGCUCGCUGCCGGGGGCGGCGGCGCGCGGUACCGCGCCGUCACGUUCCGGGAGUUCAUGAGGGUGUACAAGACCGUCGGCGCGCGCAGGGAGAGCGUCGAGAAGGCCUUCAAGAUCUGA